UUUUCAUCCAGGGGUGUCAGGGACCCCUUUGCGACAGAACUCUGAAUACCGACCUGGUAUCAUAUAUGGGUGUUGAAGACCCCGAAGCGCCAGUGAUGUAAAAGAAUCAGGGAUGUAAAGGAUGCAUACGGGAGUAAUAAACUGAACACGUUUGUCCUGCUAAUGAGUUUAUUCAAUAAGCUAAGAAGAUAAAUACAGCAAAUUAAAUGAACGCAGAAAAUAAAAUAUAGAUAUAUGUAUGUUUAGCACGUAGAUCUGCACCCCUAAGCGGUCGCUAUGGCGGUGCUAUCGGCAGGAAUGGCACGGUAAGAGAGGAGCUGUUAAAAUACGCAUAUCUGUCAUACCGACUGUACUCUUUACAUGCAGACCUAACUGUGCCUGGGGGUGUCUGGGACCCCCAAAAUAAUGACUCCUCGAGAGCAAUGGCAGUUAUGAAAUGUUUAUAUUUGCAAAGUAAAUAAAUGAUAAGCAUGCGUUUUAUUAGGAAUUUCAAUAGUAUCAUAUAUUGCAGAAAACAGUUUGAUAGACAUUUUCACAUAAUGACAAAUCCUCUAAUUGCAGUAUGUCAAAUGACAUCAACAAAUGAUAAAGAAAAGAAUUUACAAACUGUGUCUGAAGUUGUUUCAAAAGCUAAAGCUAGAUCAGCUUGUAUUACAUUUUUCCCUGAAGCAUGCGAUUAUUUAGCAGAUAAUAAAAAAGAUGUAGUAGCUAUGGCGGAACAUUUAAAUGGACCAACAGUGUCUAAUUAUAAAGAAAUAGCAAAAAAAAAUAACAUGUGGUUAUCAUUCGGUGGAUUACACGAAGCAUUAACUGAAAAUGAAAAAUGUAUUGGUAACACUCAUAUUGUAAUAAGUAGCAAAGGUGAUAUUGUUGGGGUUUAUCGUAAAAUACAUUUAUUUGAUAUGGACAAUAAAAAUACUGGUGUUAGGUUACUGGAAUCAGAUUAUGUUUUACCAGGACAAAAAAUUGAACCACCUAUAUCGACACCAGUUGGCAAAUUAGCACUUAGUAUUUGUUAUGAUAUGCGUUUUCCUGAAUUAUCUCUUUCAUUGAGAAAUAUGGGAGCUGAGAUUCUAACGUAUCCAUCAGCAUUUACCUACCAAACAGGUGCUGCACACUGGGAGGUAUUAUUACGUGCUAGAGCUAUAGAAACACAGUGUUAUGUUGUAGCUGCAGCUCAAACUGGUACCCAUAAUAAAAAAAGAGUAAGCUGGGGUCAUGCAAUGGUUGUUGACCCAUGGGGAACAGUAGUAGCUCAGUGUAGUGAUAAAACUGAUAUAGCUUUAGCAGAAAUUGAUUUGAACUUUAUAAAACAAGUUAGAGAAAACAUGCCAUGUGAAAAUCAUCGCCGAACAGAUUUAUAUCCAAAAAUGGAACCUAUAAAACCUGUAGUUUAAUUUACAUACAAAUGUAAUUUUACGUAUAUAAUAUUCUUUACCAUUUU